GCUGUUAGCAACAACAGCACUAUCGGAGGUGUGUAGGAGUAUAUAUAACAACGAUAGGCGGUGGGUCUGUGCGCAACGAUGAAGUCCUCGGCUGUUUUUGUGCUCUUGGCAGCUGUCUUUUGGGGGAGCGAUGGGGUGACGGAGGCCGCAAGCCCCGUGAAAAAUGACGUGUGCACCCAUCCCUUCGUGGACAUCAACGGCCGCUGUCUGUUCAUCAACAACUUCGCCCAAAUGGACUGGGACGCGGCGCGCACAUUCUGUGGUGGCUUCCAGAGCGACCUCGUCACGCUGGACGAAGCCAACCUGCUCGCUGACAUCGUCGACUUCAUCAACAAGGAAGGGCUGACUGAGCGCAGCUACUGGAUCGGCGGGAGCGACCAAGCGUUGGAGGGCGAAUGGACGUGGACCGACGGUACCUCGGUGCGCAUGGGGACCCCCACCUGGGGCGCCGACGGCCAGAGCCAGCACCCGACGGGGGGAAACGACGAGAACUGCGUCGGCCUCGACAAGGAUAACUUCUUCUUUUUCAACGACUUCUCUUGUAGCUCCGAAAUUUCUCUCAUCUGCGAGCUCAAGCUGUAAAGCGUGGUCCGUCGCCUGCUUUUAAGUGUCACUUUUUCACCAUUGUUUCAGAUCUCCGAAGAUAACAGACUCCGACUUUCUCCAUUUCUUUCUUCAUUUAUAUCUGAAAGCUGUACAUCUCUUAAAGGGAAAAAAAAAACAGAUACAUACAAAAAGAAAAAAACAGAUGAGUACAUUUUCAAUGUAAAAUUAAUUAUAAAGGGGAAUCUGUAUAAGGCUUUAUAUUCCAAUAAAAAGUCGUCCAUUGCUAUAUUCUA